UCGUUAACUAUGGUGACUUGCUUAUCAUUAGGCCACGUCAAGUGUUGUGCAGUGAUAAAGGAUAUGUGUACACUGCAGAAUAAUAAUAGCUCACGGCGUAGCAAGUACGUAACAGUCUUGAUUCAGAAUCAGCUGAUUAGAUCCGCGUUUUUGUAAUUUUGAUAAUUACCAUGGAUUUCGAAACAAAAUAUAACGUAAAGAGCCCAGCCGUAAAGAGGUUGAUGAGGGAAGCAUGCGAGUUGAAGGAGCCUACAGAGGAGUACUGGGCACAUCCUGUGGAUGACAAUUUGUUUGAGUGGCACUUCACUGUACAAGGGCCUCCAGCCACUGACUUUGAAGGAGGCGUGUACCAUGGGCGAAUUCUAUUUCCAACGGAAUACCCUAUGAAACCACCAAAUAUAAUAAUAUUAACGCCCAAUGGAAGGUUUGAAACCAAUAAGAAGAUUUGCCUCAGCAUCUCAGGUCAUCAUCCAGAAACAUGGCAGCCCUCGUGGUCCAUCCGCACAGCUCUCUUAGCGCUCAUUGCUUUCAUGCCAACACCUGGCAAUGGCACCAUUGGCUCUUUGGACUACACCCCAGAAGAGCGACAGAUGCUAGCACACAAGUCACGGAUGUUGGAGUGUCCCAAUUGUGGUAAAAUCGUGGAACAACUCUUGCCAUCAGUGAUAAAGCCUCCCGCACAAGAGGAGUUCUCACUCAUCACACAGAUAGCACUUAAGGUAGAGGAACAGCCUUCGGUGGAGGUAAAGGACGAGGAACGGCAGCCUAGUGAUGAUGAGAAAGUGAGGCUGCGAGUUGGCUUGUCUCGAUUGAUACCGCCCAGUGAAAUGCAGACGCAACCGCAGCAUUCCACCAUUGGCAUAGUGAGCAAUGCAAGUGGCAGCUAUAAAAACUGGCUGAUUUGGUUUCUUGUAGGUGCCAUCAUAUUCCUAAUCUACAGAAGACUCUUUCUCAUGUAACCAUCCAGUGCAUUAAUCUGUACAGAAAUGAAACUUUGCAGAUCCAGCCCAAACUUUAUUUUUGUUUCAUAUGACAUUAAAUGUGUAUAUCUUGGUCAGUUAUUGUGGAAAGAACUGAAAGAAACAGUGAUAAAUAAGCAUAAUGACAACAGUUAAGGUUUUACCAAGGAGUAGAAAGUAGAAUGUUUAUAGGUGGAAUUCGUGUGCAUGUUUUGCGUUGUGGAUGGUGACGGAUGGUUUAUUUCGAGUGUGUGCCGUGCCUCAUAUUCGUAAGGCAUCGUUGAAGAGCAGUGCUCUUCGAAGUACACUGAUAUUCCAAAAGCAUUACUUACACCACAUUAUGCAAUUAGUUGUUGCACUAAUCUUGGGUCAUUAUCGCAUUAAUGUGAUCUGAAGUCAGUUGUGCACAAAACUGUGUUCUGACGGUGAGAACUCUUGAAUUCCAUUGUUGCGAAAGAGCAUGUAAAAAAACAUCAGUUUUAGUGCUGAUUAUGAGUUAGCAUUAGCUUUUAUAAAUAAAGUGGUAUCAUUGUCUACUCUAUGGCCAGGCUGUGGCACGCCUCCCCGUGAUUGGCUCUGAGGUCCUCGCAUGAUCUCGACCCUACUCCCCACUGGUCUGGCCAAGGCCUUGCCUUGAGUGACUGGUUCCUAGGUCUCAAACUGAUUCCACACACACUGCUUACUCAUUACCCUGAUGAUGGUGGCAACAAGGACAUCUGAAACAUUGGUAAACUACCAGACUACGUAGAAUUACCCAGAAGACGGCCAUCUUCACUGCCUAGUACUGUCAUUUGUUUCAUAGCGCAGGACAGACAGUUUCAUUUUAAAGCAGUUGAUUGCCAUUGGAAUGUAGUACUACAAGAAUUUUCUGCUGCUUGUAUGAUUUUAUCAGCACACUUAUGAUAGGAAUGUUUUGUACAUAUGUGCAUAUAUGUAAUGGAAGGUUAUAUUUGUUUAAAGUACAGAACCAGCGAUGGAUUUCCCUAAAGUUUGGUGUUUGAGGUCUGAAAUGAAAGUUUCAGAAUUUGAGGUUUUCACAGUGACAUGUUUUCUGGCUUUAAACUGUUAUGCUGUACUUUUUCUGUGUUGUUGCAAUGCAGCCCUCAGUUAAAAAGGCAGUGUGUUCUUCCAAACUGUUGGCAUACAACAUCCAAAAAGUAUUUUCAUUUUAACUAUAUGUUCUUUAUUCUCUUUUACUUAAGAGAAUUAUAUAUUUCUUAUUUCAUUUGCUGUUGUAGGCAAGAAAUUUGUAUUUUGAAGGUUCUAGGGAUUGUUUGUUGUGUACUGUAUUGCAUAUUCCUUUGUUUAACUUUUAGCACUUUCUUUAAUUUAUUUACAGUUGUAAGGAAAUCAGUAUUGAAUGAGUUUCCUGUAAAUAAAGGAUGACAGUAAUUAACUGCUGGAUGAUACAUA